AUGGCUCUGCAAGGCCCGGAGGAGCUGGGGGAGCAGGUCGAAGAGCCGGAGGAUCUGGACGACCAGGACGCUAGUAGCAUCUCCCCGGCCGAGGAGAUAACCAUGCCUCCCGGUCCCGGAGGCGACGAAGAGCCGGAGGAGGCUCUCCUGCUGCCCUGGGACCGCUUCGCCACCUGGCUGCACUGCAUAUGUGUGGUCGGCUUCGACCUGGAGCUUGGACAGGCGGUGGAGGUUAUUUAUCCGCAUCACUCCAAACUGUCAGAGAAAGAGAAAACGAGCAUCUGCUACCUUUCCUUCCCUGACUCCAACUCAGGUUGCCUUGGCGACACCCAGUUCUGCUUCCGCUUCCGUCAGGGUUCCAACAGGAAGUCGUCGCUCGCCUGCUUCCUGGAAACCACCGACCGGGACGCACCGCCCUGUCUGAAGAGGGAACAGGGCCAUUACUAUGGUUACGUGUACUUCCGUCAGGUGCGAGACAAAUCCCUGAAGAGAGGAUACUUCCAGAAGUCUCUGGUGCUGAUCAGUAAGCUGCCCUACGUCACCUUCUUCCACUCCCUGCUGAAGAUCAUGGCUCCAGAAUACUUUGAGAAACAGGAGCCCUGUCUGGAGGCUGCUUGUAAUGACAUAGACCGCUGGCCGUCGCCCCAUCCUGGACGAAUUCUCACGCUUCCAAUUAUGGGAGUGGUCAUCAAGGUUCGCAUUCCAACCAGCUACGACAAACCAGGAACAUCACAGCUGGUCCAGUCCGCCCAGAGUGACAGUCAGGUGUCCAUCGUGCUCCCAACCAUCCAUGAAGUCGACCUCUUCAGGUGUUUCUGCCCCGUCUUCUUCCACAUCCAGAUGCUGUGGGAGUUGGUGUUGCUAGGGGAAGCGCUUGUCGUCAUGGCGCCGUCGCCAGCAGAGUCGUCGGAUACCGUGCUAGCAUUGGCCAGCUGCAUCUCUCCUCUGCGUUACUGCAGUGACUUCCGGCCGUACUUCACCAUCCACGACAGCGAGUUCAAGGAGUACACCACCAGGACGCAGGCGCCGCCGUCAGUCAUUCUGGGAGUGACCAAUCCCUUCUUUGCUAAAACCCUGCAGCACUGGCCGCACAUCAUCCGCAUCGGAGACAUGAAGCAAGCAGGAGAGAUGGCCAAGCAGAUGAAAGUCAAGAAACUGAAAAACCUCAAAACUCUGGACUCUAAACCCGGUGUGUACACUGCAUAUAAGCCGUAUCUCAACAAAGAUGAAGAAAUCAUCAAACAGCUUCAGAAGGGCGUUCAACAGAAGAGACCCUCUGCGGCCCAAAAUGCAAUUCUUCGACGCUACUUCUUAGAACUGACACAGAGCUUCAUCAUUCCACUGGAGCGGUACGUCGCCAGUCUGAUGCCUCUCCAGAAGUCCAUCAGUCCCUGGAAGAGUCCUCCUCAACUGCGACCGUUCAUCCAGCAGGACUUCAUGAAGACGCUGGAGAAGGCUGGACCUCAGCUCACGUCCAGACUGAAAGGAGACUGGAUAGGACUCUAUAGGAAUUUCCUCAAGUCUCCCAACUUUGAUGGCUGGUUCCGCAACAGGAGGAGAGAGAUGACCCAGAAACUGGAGGCUCUGCACCUUGAGGCGCUGUGUGAGGAGGAUCUGCAGCAGAGAGUCCAGAUGCACACGGAGGUGGAGACGGUUGAUCUGGUUCUGAAGCUGAAAGAUAAACUGACUCAGGCGGAGAAGGAGCAGCUCCCGGUGCGUCCGGGCACUGUGGCCAAACUGAGGGCCCACAUUGAGGCCGUCAUCCUGGCUUUACCAGAUGACCUGCAGGGCAUCCUCCACAAGCCCUCCACACCGUGACCUCUAACCCCUCGCUCUGCAACUCUAACCCUAGUUUGAGCUUGUUUUAAAGUUUGGGGGAUAGUGGGUCUCCUCCCAGUUGGCCCCCAGGUGGACGGACCCCCAGUUUACUCAGACCGAGCCCCAGUUUGAGGAUCACUUCUGGUCUAACAUUGAAAGCACACGGUGUAUUUUUGUUUUCCAAAAUAUACAUCCAACUUCAGUUAUAUUUACAUUUCUUUUCCUUUCAAUCUGCUACUGUGGGAUUCAGACCGUCCCGCACGUCUCGGUGAUCGUGUGGUGUUCAAACGAGCAGCUGGACGAGGCCACGGACAUAAACUCCUCUGAAGAGUUUUGAGGAAGUGAAACGGCAAUUAAAAUGUUUGAGGAGGUUUCUCACAGAGACAUCAAUAAGUAAAGAAAGGAGCGCUGGAUUCGUCACAGCUCUGCUCCUGCAGCUUUGCAUCUGAGGCGUUGGUGGCCUGUGUGCAGAAGGAUUCAUCACCUUGAAGGUAAGAGCAGGAAGAUGAACCCAGCUGACCUUUGACCCCCUUUUUAUGUCUUGACAUUUUUACUUUUUACUUUUUUUAAAAGUGACGAUGGACUGCUGAAGUCCAGCGGAACUGACUGGAGUUUUUCAUCCAUAAAAAAAAGAAAUGUUUUUAAAAGAAGUGCACUUCAUCGCUAACUGGACCAGUGUGCCCUUCUCUCUCUCUCACACACACACACACACACACACACACACACACACACACACACACACACACACACACACACACACACACACGCUUUUAUGCAAACAAAUUGAGCUGAGCAGAGCCAAGCAGUGCUUUAUAAAUACAUUUUAACCACAAUAUGUUCCAUUAAAAACACAAACACAGCAUUAAGCACCAGCGUCCCUCUAAUAACUGUCAAUGCAGUAAAACGGUUUUUGUCUUGUUUUGCUCAGGAGCCAAUCACAUCCAUGUAUCUAUGUCACAUGAUCUUUGUGUAACUCUUAACAGUUUGAGGGAAAAGGUUGUCAUUAUAUUUCUAUUUUACUGAAGACUAACUCCUCAUGAUGACUGUCAGAAAUUUGAUUUACCAUUUUUAUUUUGAACGAUAUUUUUCUUGCAGAAAUGUGCUUCCAUCUUUAUGAAGUGUUUCUGAGGGUGUUUCAUGGCAAAGACAAAUUGCAGCUCUCACUUUAGUCCCGCCUGAACAAAAGUCCAAAUAGAUACUUUUACUCACUAAACUAUAAACUAUAUGGAGGCGUGUGUGCAUUAAACAAACACUACAGUUUUAAAUGAGCUUUCUGAUUUGGAUUAAAUUGAUGCUGGUGCUUACUGUGCAGGAGUGAGAGCGUAACAAUACUUGAUGAGUUCCUCACAAUCUGACUCCUGUGAAGAUGAUAAGAGCUGCAGCUCCAACACUAAACGUUGCCUUCAGAUAAAGACAGAAACAGUGCUGACGUCUGUGUUUCAGUGUUUUCUGAACUACAGUGUUCAGACUAAAAACCUCCAAAGCGACAGAGAAAAUAACCAAAAACUUCCGUUCUAAGAGAGGAAUCAUUCGCACUGCGGGGUCUUAUAAAAGCAUCAUUUUGCUGCAUGUCUUAUUUAUUAACUACUAAUUAUGUUGGAUUUCUAAAUCCACUUCAGACUUUUCAUUGUUGCAUUUGAUGUUUCUUUGGUUUUAAGUCAUUUCAGUGCGCUUUAAAAAAUGUUUAUAAAACUUGGACAUUGAGAAAAGAAUAAUGUGACUUUGGUCAUUUCUUAAAAAUUGUUUAAAAUUAUUUAGCAGCCGUCAAACAUUUUACAUAUUGAAGUUAAAGGUCCAAAACAAACAAUCAUUAAAACCAUUCAACUCAUUCCUGGACACGUAACACACAUUUAUAAUGACAGCAAUAACUUAUUACGCUCAUUUGUAUUUUCAGGGUGUAAAUGACAAGUUAUUAGCGUUUUCUAAAAGUGUAUUUAGUGGUACAUACAGUUAUUAUUACAUACAGUUAUUAUUACAUACAGUUAUUAUUACAUCCAGUUAUUCGAUGUUUGCAUUUCAAAAGAUCGCUUGUUUGAAAAUGUUACGUGGACGUCUUGUCAAACGUACGAUUGUUUUUUCUUUUCCAUGAAGCCCUCGUGUAACAAAUGUUGUAUAAAUGCUUCGUUUAGCACAUAAUUGUAAAGAAAAAUAACAAUGAUGUGCUGUUUGCAAAAACCUGCAACCAUGUAUGUUUUAUAUUUGUAAAAAAAACUUAUUUUAACAAUUUUUAAUGAUUUUUAUGGAGGGCUAUUCUCAUAUUCCACUCUGGAGAGAAUUAAGAGUUUUGUACAUAAUGGUGUAAAGUGAAAUGAUGUACAUUAGUUAUUUUGCUAUUACAACAGAUGUCUUACUAAAUACAGAUAUAAAUAAUAAUUACUCCUUAAAAUGUUAAUUUUCCUUUCUUAAACAAUUUUAUUUGAGACGCCUUGACAUUUUGAAGUUGUAGUUUAUUUGCGAAGCGGCACUGAAAAUGUAAAGUUUAAGUAUUUCUACUGAUUCUGAAAACAAAACUUAUAAAAUGUGCUUAUGAUGUAAUUAAGAGACCCUAUUGGACAAUUACGCAAAACCCCAGAGAUUAUGAUUUACAAUAACUGCUAAAGUACGGUUGAGAUAAUAAAAUAAAAAGUAAAAGAUGGUGGAAGAAGUACUGAAAUUAAAGUAGCCACAAUAUAUUGUACUAAAUUAAAUGUACAGAAAUAAAAGUACCCAUUAUUCAGAAUGGCUAACAAUAAUGUAUAUUAUAUUGGAUUAUAAUUAUUGAUUCAUGAAUUGUAAUUAAUGUGCCUGUAACGGUAUAAUAUCUUGUUAGUUUGUCGGUUGGUUAGCGAAAUUAGCUUGUUGAACACUUUCAGGCAUUGUUGCAUCAAAUGAAUAAAACGCUACAGCUUCAAAAUGUCAACGUAAGCUAAACAAUCCCAUCAUGUUGCAUCACUACACGGUCACUAUGUUAGUUUGUGUUGAAGCCACUACUCCUAAACCACUCUGACGGCCUGAAGGACGAGUUUUAAUAAAGGUAUACAUACGGAGCGUACGAGGAAAGUCAUGACAUUGGUCUUGUUUUCACGUGAUGGCCUACAGUUUGUUUUGUAAGCAAAUUAAAAGAUGUAUAUCAGAGUCUUAUGUUCACUUUAUUGUAACUUGAACCUUGUUGAAAUAGACAUUCACGCAGUGGCCAUUUUGAACAUUUGGGAAGUUAACUAGCUCUUCACUACACGACUGAUGUAAGUGAAAAACAUGUUACAAACAAUCCCAAGAAUUAAGAGGAAUAGUAUUCAUAUCUUAUAUAUUUUAACCUGAAGCUAACGUUAGCUAUUGUUAGCUUGCACUAGAGAACAUUAGCUAAGUUCUUGUACUGUAGUAAGCUGUUUAGCUUCCUAGCUAAAAGCUACAGGAGUAGUUGUCUGUUAAAAUAACAGGUUUCUGAAAGUAAUCAUGUCACAAACAGACUCCAAGAAUCAUAUUUUAAUAUUUAGGCCUGUAGCUAAGCUUGAGUGUAAGCUUGCACUAGCUAACGCUAGCUAAAUUCUAAGCUAAGUAAGCUAGUUAGCUUCCCAGCUAGCUGUUACUAUAGCUUCAUGGCAUUUCAAGUAAUGCCAGUGGUUCAGUAUUCUGUAUUUAUUGUAGUAUCUGACCAAAUCUUCCAAAAGGCUGCUGUGAGAAUAGAAUCAGGUUCUGAUCAUCGAUUGUAUUUGUGUAAUUAUUAUUAUUUUCCGUUUUGCUGCACUGACGGUAAAAGCUGAUCACUUCCACCGUGGUGGCUGUUUCUGUCAUUAAACGGACCGCUUCAAUGGUAAUGGAUUCUCUUGCCUGUUUUACACAUUGGGGGUGAUCCUUUAUGAAUGUUUGUAAUUUGUGCACAAUGAUUUAUAAACCUGCAAUAACUGAU